AUGUCUACCGGGGUGGCAAAAGAAGAGAAACAGAAGAGACGUGCUCUGGUGCUGAAACCUUCUUCUCGAGCAAUUAAUAUCUCAGUGUCGGCCAUACAUGGAGUCACCCAGAGUAGCAAACACACAGCCAGCGCCCUCUGUUCACCCAGCAGGAGAAGUUUCAGCCUGGGAGGAGGAAGCAGAGUCCUGGAGAAGAGCACCGCUCAAACUACCAGACAAGCUGUUAGGGUGUUUGAUGAAGACGACAAUGACGUCACUCCUCAGCCGCUGUACCAGGCAGAAGCAGGAGCUGUGCAGGCCAAAGCCAGCAGGUUCUUUCUGGAUGAGAUCUCUGCUGGAUCAGCAUCAGAGCAGACUACAUCCACUGGGAGCUUCACUAUGCCUUUCUCCAGGUCAGUGUUGGGUAGCAGCAGAAUAUCCAGCCAGUCCACCAUAGAGUCAGUAAAUGAGGAGAUUGAAGAUACAUUUACCAAACGGGAGUUACCCAUCAACUUCCCAGAUUUGCAUCGAAAGAAAAACACUGUGAAAGAGCAGGUGACAGAGGACAUGUUGAAAGUGAUCAUAGAUAUCCACAUCUCUGAGACAGACAGUAUUUCACUGCUGGACAUACCCAGCACCUUUGUGUCAGUGGAUGCUGAUAAUGCAGAAGCUAUCAUAGAACGUAACAAUCAGUAUGCUAAAGUUUGUGGGAACAGAAUGGGCAAUGAUAAGUAUACUGAUCGAUCUAUGCAGACAUUGAAUGGAGCAACUAAAAACAAACAGAUCCAGUGCGACGGUGUGGUCAUGGUAGAUGCAGCCACCAGUGUUACCAGCUGGGAUAUGUAUGACAUUUCGUGCGGCACUGAGCAGGAUGAAACAACGUGUAUCCCUGAACCAGAGAAGGCUGAGUAUCUAGAGGCUGCAGUGGACACCAGCAGAGGUGCAGAGAGGAGCGUGUCAGUGGGCAGCACAGCCAGCACAGGCAGUGCUGCCAGCUCAUUGAAAGACGUGGAAGUGUCUGGCACCAGUUUGAAUGCUGAGACAGACCUGCAGUUGAUCAUGCACUCAGAGAAAUUUCUACAUAGUCUGUUAGUUAUGGAGAGAAGCAUCAUUGGAAACACCUUCCAACCUAAGCUGGCUGCUUACAGACAGCUGCCUGUACUAGAAGAUCCUGACAAUCCAGCGAAGCCUGGAACGGAGGAUACAGAGAGCUCUCCAUCUCCUGCUCUGGAACAUCUCUGGACUUUCACCUGUGAGCUUAGCAGAGGACGCAACAUCAGCAGCAUCGCCGGGAACACAAAGAACCUGGACCUCCUGGCUGUGGGCUAUGGUGAGUUCGACUCCCAGAAACCAGGACUGGUCUGCUGCUGGUCCCUCAAAAACCCCACGUGGCCUGAGCGUAUCAUCCAUUGUGACAGCGCUGUGACUUCUCUGGAUUUCUCAGCCAACAACCCCGGUCAGCUGGCUGUUGGGAUGCAAGACGGCAGCAUCGCUAUCCACAGCGUGCAGAGUCGAGACAAAAACGCACGUGUCAUCAGCAGCCGCGAGUAUCCCAACAAACAUUUGGGCCCAGUGUGGCAGCUCAAGUGGACUCAACAGGAACUGAGCUUAACAGGAGAUGAAAAGGUUGAAGCUCUGUUCUCUGUGGCUGCAGAUGGCAGGGUUAGCAAGUGGUUCGUCUGCAACAAUAGCCUCGAAUGCACAGAUCUGAUGAAGCUCAAGAAGAUUCAUAAUAGUAAGAAGAAGACUGGAGGGACCAAGACAGAAAAGAAUACAGAAAGUGUUUUAUCAGCACUGACUCCUGGUCUGUGUUUUGACUUUCAUCCAACAGACUCCAGUAUCUACCUGGCUGGUACAUGGGAAGGUCUCAUCCACAAGUGUUCCUGCUACAACAGUCAGCAGUUUCUGGAGACUUACAGGAAACACUUUUGUCCUGUCAACUGCCUCGCAUGGUGUCCACUCAGUCCUGAUGUGUUCCUCAGCUGCUCCUCUGAUUGGACCAUUCAGCUUUGGAGGCAGGACCACUUCAGCCCCGUUUUAAGUCUCCCCUCCAACCACAGAGCUGUGUGCGACAUCAAGUGGUCCCCAAAGUGGGCCACGGUAUUUGGAGCUGUUAAUGAGGGACAGCUGGAAAUUUGGGACCUGAAUUCAAGCAUCUUGGAUCCCAUUAUUGUUCAGCCUGCUGCUCCUGGUGUGAAGAUGACAUCCCUGCUGUUCGCCACACAGACAGACUGUGUCCUGGUAGGGGACAGUGAUGGACAAGUGAGCGUCUACCAGCUCAAAAACGUCAUUUUGGGAGAGAGCAGUCAGGUGGAUAUUCUUGAAAGCAUAAUCCAUUCUGCAAUAUCCAGAUAA